CGUCGCCGAUUGAUGACCACCACAGACUCCCUCCUCCACGUUUCCUCCAUUGUUUGAAGCUUUGCUGAAGGGGCGGCAGAUACUUACGGAGACUGUUGGAAUUUCAAAUGCUGCGGAAAAUUAUCGACACAGGUUAAAGGCAUGUGUGGGCUCCGCCCAUCCCCUCUGGAACAGGAUGUGACGUCACAGCGUUAGCUCCUCCCCUCUUCUUUUAAGCUUUGGGAAGCUUUUGGUGAGUAGGGUCCUGCUCCCGCCCCUCUCCAAGGUCAAGAUAUGUUUGAGGCCAAACCCCGCGUCGUGGACAAGAAGGAGUCCAGCACAGAGACGGAUGAGGGUCUGGGCAGCAGCGGGAGGCGUUAUGGAUCCGGCUCCUUGGGCUCGGCCUCGGUCGGCUCCGGCGGCUCAGUGUACCUGUCAGACAGUCAGGACUGGGUGGUCUCCCCGAGUUGCUCACCAGAUGAAGGGCCAAGUCAGCACAGCGCCAUCUCUCCCAUGCUGGCAGAGGAGACUUUUCGCUACAUGACAUAUCUGGCUUUGGACCCCUCUUCUUACUCCCACUCCGACUCUCAAAGCCUCCCCAAAGUCCUCAGCGCAGACCGGGUGGAGCAGAUGACCAAGACCUACAAUGACAUUGACGUGGUCACGCAUCUUUUGGUUGAGAGGGACAGAGACUUGGAGCUGGCGGCCCGGAUCGGUCAGUCGCUCCUGCAGAGGAAUCACCUCCUGCAGGAGCGCAACGAGGCCUUGGACGAGCAGUUGGCUCAAGCCGUCGACCAGGUUCACCAGCUGCAGCAUGAGCUCAGCAAGAAGGACGAGCUGCUCCGGAUGGUGGCCAACGCCUCGGAGGAAAGCGAGACCGACUCCAGUAUCUCCACGCCUCAGCUACAGCCGCAGCUGCCUGGAGGAAGCGUCACUGCCGCCACUGCUCUCAGCCAGCUGGAGUCUCUGCAGAACAAGCUGCAGGACCUGGAGGAGGAGAACCAGGCGCUGAGGACCGAGGCUUGUCAGCUGAAAAAAGACACGGUGACGUAUGAGGAGAAGGAGCAGCAGCUCGUGAGCGACUGCGUGAAGGAGCUCCGGGAGUCCAACAGCCAGAUGGUGUCUCUGACGGACGAACUGGCUCAGAAGAACGAGGCGCUGCUCAGACACCAGGAGGAAAUCGCGCAGCUGCUCGCACAGAUAGUCGAGCUGCAGCACAGAGUGAAGGAGCUGGCUCUGGAGAAAGAGGAGCUGAGGAUCCAUCUGCAGGCCUCCAAAGACGCCCAGAGACAGCUCACAGCUGAGCUGAACGAGCUUUCAGACCGGAAUGCUGAGUGUGUAGAAAUGCUUCACGAAUCCCAGGAGGAGAUCAAAGAGCUUCGCAAUAGAAACACUCCGUCCUCUGGGAUGAGACGUCACUUCUCGUAUGGACUCUACCCCAUGGACUCCUUGGCAGCAGAGAUUGAAGGAACCAUGAGGAGGGAGCUGAGCGUUGAGGAGGAGACAGCCUUUCAGGACCAAAGACUUUCCCACAAACGUGUUUUCCAAACCGUUCGAGCCAUCAACUCCUCGGCCUCCCGCGGCGCCUCUCCUGUCGCUCCGAUCCCCGGUUCUGGACACAGCUCUCUGGUGAUGACGGCACAGCCUUUCCAGUCCUGUCAGAGGGAGGAGGAGAAAAUGGGUCAGCCAGGCUCUCCGGGGGGAAAUGACCUCACCAGGGCUCUCCACCGGCUGUCCCUGCGGCGACAGAACCUCCUCUCUGAGCGAAACUUCUUUCAGACGGAGCAGGAAAAGAAACUGCGGGCUCUGGGUGAAGCAGAGGGGGACGUGGAGGGAAGCUGCUGCAGCUCUCCAAUGGGCAGCGCUCUCUCCUCCUUCUCCAACCUGUCAGAGCUCUCUGUCAACUCCAGCGUUUUUAAGACCUUUUUGCCCGAGAAGCUCCAGAUCGUCAAACCCAUGGAAGGCUCCCUGACGCUCCACCACUGGCAGCAGCUUGCCAAACCUCACCUAGCCACUAUCCUUGACCCCCAUCCGGGGGUCGUCACCAAAGGUUUCCGACCGCUGGCUCAGGACGCUGUGUACCGCCUGUCUGACAUGGAGGAGGACGAGGAGCGGGAGGAUCACAGGGGAGUUGCUGUGCUGGAGAAGGGAGCGACGGAGCAGGGUAAAGAGGAAGAUUAUGAGGAAGAAGAAGGCGGGAUCACCUUUAGGGUUCGAUGUUCGUCGACGCCGGAAGAGAAGAAGGACCGAAAGUUUUCUGGUGCACCUCUUCUCAGCCCGCCUGUCACCCCAACCUUACCAGGGUCCUCUUCAAUCCGAUCAGACAUUGGCACAACGGCGCGUCAUGUGACCGAGUCCAACUUUUUGGCUCAACCCACGUCAAUAGCCUCCACACUAACUCAGAACCUGGUUCCUGCUUCCACAUCAUCUUCUUGUGUCCAAAACCCAGGGAAAUGUCAGAGCUCCACCUUCUCCACCUACACCUUCACCACCUGCCGCAUUCUCCACCCUAGUGACGUGACACAAGUCACUCCAAGUUCGCAGUCGUCCAUUUUGGCCAACACACCCAGCUCCAUGAGAACCGGUCCCAGCACCCCCGUGACUCCCUGUCGGCUGAGUUUGGGUGACUCCUUCCCGCCUCGACAGGCUCCUAUUCCCUCAAGGGGUCUGGCCAAGCUCAUCCUGGAGAGGGGCAUCUCUGCACAAGUCUCUGCUGACACACCGCCUUUGACACCAAAAUCCGCCCCAAGACGGCCUCUCCUCCGACUUAUGCCUUCCACACCUGCGAACUCCCCCUCCGAGUCCUCUGCUCCUACCCUUGUACCGACAGAGUCCCGCCAACAACCAGCUGACAAUUUCCUGGCCUCCCGACCCGCAGAGCUUUUCCUUCAGGACGUCUAUGGGUUAAACCUGGGCCGAGCCCCACACCCAGACCUGCCGAGCCCCACCCAGGAAACUAAGGUCACCUCUCGCAAGUCGGGCAGGGUCCAGUCCGAUCCGGUCACCGUCGGUCUCGUAGAGAGGCUGCGGCGUUUGGGGUUCACCAAGGUGCUCCACUGUUCGGAGUCUGAGGCCAGAGCCCGCCGCCAAGACUCCUCCACUUUUGUGUCGGCAAGUGGCGGUAGCCUGCUGGACGGUUUAAGGCGCAACCAAAGUCUGCCAGCAAUGAUCGGCGCCAGAGCUGGGAGUAAGACCCCUGCCCCACCACCUCACCCAAACUCCCUGGCUAUCCCUCGACCGCCAUGGGGAAACCCGAAGGAACAACGCCGUAAUCUUGCCUCUAAGCCACCAAGAAGUUCAGCAAACCACUGAGGGAAUGGGGCGCCCCCAAGUUAAGCACCUUUAGGCCCCAACCCCCCAUUGCCUUUGGAGAGAAAAAGAAGUCAGGGAAUCAAUGGGUCGACCAACCCCCACCUUUGAAUGACUCCCUUUUAAAGCACAAUGUAACUAACAGACUGCUGAGUUCCACAUCGUCCAUGAGAAUCUGCCAUGACUUUAGGCCUUAGCUCAACUGUAACUUGGCUUUUCUCUUCUGUAGUGUUUUUGGGAGACCCUGGAUGAUUUGAAAACGGAGAAGAGAAGAAAGUAAUACAGCAUGUAGAUCUAAGAUGGUUCGUGGAAGUUAAACACGUCAAAGAAAGUAAGACGUCGGUCGGUCUGACAGGGUAAUGCAAUGCGUAUCGUAGCUUGAAGGACGAUGGUGAUGAGUACAAGACUUGAUCGUCCAGGGUCUCACAGUUCCAAGGGCUUGCUAUGUAGUACUCUGGUGAAGCUUCAGCAACAUCUGCCACAUGAAUACAAGCCUUUUAGUAUUAGAGUCAAAGGAUGAUUAAGCUAGCAUUUAUUUCAUGAGAAAUCGUAGAGCGACGCCGUACUGCCAGGCAAAUCGGACUACGCCAUUAAACAUGCCAGUAUUAGUACUAUCGUAAAUGUUUCAUGACUUUGCUAGUUGUCCAUUGUUGCACAGAUGUCCAGUAGCCGUCCAUGUUUGCGAUAAGGCAGCCUUUACCUUGAAGUCCCAGCAUGCAUCUGUCGGUAUCCAGGUAAAAAGGGAAUGCAGAACCAAAAAGAGACGCUGAAACAAAAGUCUUUUUCUUUCAGGUCUUUGUGUGGCAUUAUGUAGUAAAAGGUGUGAGGCCUUAUGAGGAGGCAAGAACUGUUCUCAUCCUGUUGAGCCAUGUUUGUUUUCUUUUGCACAGAUGCUCGAAUCACUAGUUAGGUAAAUAAAAUCCCUUCAGAGAUCCGUCUCAACAAUCCACCAUCGUCUCAGGCACCCUAUUGUUAGUUUGAGAUGGUUAGGAUACAAAAACACACAGCAUCUAGUUUUGUUAUGCAUUUCCAAUACUGGCCAGCAGAUGGGAGUGUUUCCUCAAGUUUUGUCUGCUUAACUAAAAUCGUCUCACCAAUCCACCAUCAUCUCAGGCACCUUAUUAGUUUUCAGACUGCUAAGAUACAAAAACACAUUAAGAAAUCGUUUUAAGGCAUCCAAUUUGUUAUUUUCAACAUAUGCUCGUAUGCAUUUCCAACACUGGCCAGCAGAUGGGAGUGUUUCCAAAAGUUUUAUCUGCUUUGCUAAAAUUUACGAGACGAUCAAGAGAUCGUCUUAACAAUCCGCCCACUGUCUCAGGCACCUUAUUGUUUGCCUUAAACUGCUCAGAUACAAAAAGACACUAACGGAUCGUUUUAAGGCAUCCAGUUUUGUUAUUUUCAACAUAUCCCUGUAUGCAUUUCCAAUACUGGCCAGCAGAUGGGAGUAUAUACUCAAGUUUUAGUUAAAAAAAAAUCCAUUGAGAGAUCCAUGUCAACAAUCCGCGCAUCAUCAUCAUAGGAUUGUUCUAGACAGCUACAACAGAAAAACAAACGUACAGAUCAUUUUCUGGCUUGCAGUUUUGUUAUAGGAAUUUUAUUGUUGGUGUACACACAUUCCAUAUAUUGGCCAGCAGAUGGGAGUGUUUCCUAAAGUUUUAUCUUUUUAGCUAAAAUCGACAAAAGACGAUUAAGAGAUAGUUUCAACGCUCCGCCAUUUUCUCAGGCCUCCUAGGUUAGUUUCAGGUUAAUAAGAUACAAAAACACAGUAACUUGAUCAUUUUUAAGCUUCCAAUGUUGUUGUAGGGUUUUAUUUUGACUGUACAUGAGUAUGCUUUUCACAUAUUGGCCAGCAGGUGGGAGUGUUUCCUCAACUUUCUGCUCCAUAAACCCUCCAACCUUAAAACUGCAUUUUGAGUUCAACCUGCGCUUUAGUAACACAUUUAAAUCCCAUAGUCUAUAAAUAGAUGCUUCUGUUUAAUAUUUAUAGGUGUGAACUAACAUUUUAUUAUAGGUUUUAAUGUAUUAAACAUUUUUGUUUGUGAAGGAAAUUCCUAUUUUUGAACAAGAGAAACAUCUCAGUUGUGGUGUAAGAAAGCCUCAACAUGAGUUUUUUUGUUGCUCCUUUAAAUUUGUAAUAUUUCCAAUAAAUCCAGAAAGUUCUGUUAGUCAUAUUGAAUAUGGACAGUAACUUCCUCAUGUCUUGCUUCUGUGCUCUCACUGCUAUUAUGAAGUUGCCUUUUUCAUAAAUAAAAUAUAAGAAACUAAA